UGUAAAUGUAAUAACACAAAUAAUAAAAAUAAAAAGAUACCUAGUUUCAACUUGGAAAAUGAGGAAAUUUGUCGACAUCGUAAUUAUUUCGCUCGUUUCUGUGAGUGCUGUGGAAUAUUUAAGAGUUGAUGAAGGCCUUACCGAAGGAUUAAUUCCAGACUGCCCCGGUGCAUCAAAACCAGCCAUCGUACGGCCUUCAAGUCUAAAGAAUCUCAUCAUUUCCGUGGUCGGAAAACAAGGAAACAUAACAGGGUCAUACAACUACUACCAUAUGCAUAAUCUAGCCAAGAAUCCUGACAUAGACUUUAGCAAGAAGACAUUUAUGUAUGUUGGAGGGUAUUUGGACUCGACGUCGUGGCAGACUGGACGAUUUUUGGGGCAAGUGUAUAAGAAGAAUGGAUAUAAUGCACUUGUGCUGGAAACAUUAGAGUUUACAGCUACAAUUUACCCUAUCGCUGUUCGCCACAUGCACCCAAUCGGUAAACACGUUGCAGAAAUGUUGGUAACUCUAAAAGAGUAUGGUCUCGACCCAAAAAAGUUGGAACUCGUUGGCAUUAGCCUGGGUGGCCAUACCAUGGGCUUCAUAGCCAAGAACUAUCGACAAAUGACCGGCCAGAAUAUCUCAACCCUGACUGCGUUAGAUCCUGCUGGACCUUGCUUCAGGAAUGUUCCACCGGAUCAAAGACUCGAUAAAUCUGAUGCUGACUUCGUUAUGGGGGUCAUCACAAACAUGGAUGGCUUAGGCAUAUCAAUACGCAUCGGACAUGUGAUAUUUUACGUCAAUGGAGGCGAAUUCCAAAACGGCCAUUAUUGGUGGCUCCCCUGCGAUUUCUCUUGCAGUCAUGUAAGAUCUUACUUCCUUUGGUGGUCAGCUUUGUUGUAUCCUGGUUAUUUUAUAGGAAUUCGUUGUGAUUCUGUACAGAAAGCUAAGGAUGGAGACUGCUUUGAUGGAAAGCCUAUCACAAAUACAAUGGAUACUUAUACUAAUAGAAGCAACACAGGAAUCUAUUACCUGCGGACGUCCAAUAGAUGGCCGUUUGCUUUAGGAAAGAGAGGUCUGAAGAAGCCGAGAAUAGAAAUGUACAUGCCGAGGUCUCAACAAAUAGAUAUUCCUGAUUUUUUUAAGUAUAUACACUCUUCCUUUUUGAAGUUAUAUAAUUAAGUACAAAUCGUAUGGUCACAUAUACAAAUGAGGAAAUACCACUUUUUUUAAAGCAAAUUUUGCUUUGAGAGUACAGAAUAGGAGGUAAAGUGAUUUUUUGCACGGAACUUGGGUCAGUGGACAUAAAACGUAUAAGUAAAUUAAAUGCCGUUAGAUUCAAUUUUAAAUGUAUAUCAUCCUAUAUCAUGUAUACAACUACAUGUAUAUCAUAUAUAUAAAGGCCUUAGCCUUUAACAUCUUGGCAACCUUAUAGCACAAAGAAAGUCAGGGGCUGAAGCCAAAAUAAUAAUAAUGAAGAGGUCUUUUCGACUUAAAAGUGAAAGUAUUAAUAUUUCUAAAAUAUCGAUUAAAGUAUUUUCAUUCUGCUAGAAAAUAAACAUAUUGUCUAUUUAUUAAUGCUAAAUUAAUAAUCAAGCCUCACACUCUUUUAUUGAAUGUUGUGAAGUAUUUCGUCUGCU